UCGAAAUUGUUCCAAAGUUUCGAUUUUUACAAUGGUUUCAGAAGCUUGGAUUGUGAAAAUGAGAAACCAAGUAAGUGCUAAUCUCAAACACGCUCUUCUUCUUGAAUCUUCCACUAAGAAACCCUCUAAAAGCUCUUCUCUUCCUAAACAAACAAUUGGGAUCUUAUCUUUUGAAGUAGCUAACAUUAUGUCCAAAACCAUUCACCUUCACCGUUCUCUGUCCGAUACAGAGAUCUCUAAGCUCAAAUCCGAGGUUUUUCGGUCUGAAGGAGUUAGAAAUCUUGUUUCUUCCGAUGAGAAUCAUCUUCUUGAUCUUGCUGUCUCUGAGAAGCUUGAUGAUUUGAGCCGUGUAGCUAGUGUUGUGUCUAGGUUAGGUAAGAAAUGUAACGAACCGGCUUUACAAGGAUUUGAGCAUGUUUAUGAAGAUAUAGUGAAUGGGGUUAUUGACUUUAGGAAGUUAGGGUUCUUGGUUAAAGAUAUGGAAUCUAUGGUUAAGAAGAUGGAGAGAUUUGUGAAUGCUACUUGUAGUUUGUAUUGUGAAAUGGAAGUGAUGAAUGAGCUUGAACAAGCUAUAGUGAAGCUUCAGAGAAGUCAGCAGCAUCAAGAAAGUGUUAAAGCUUUUGAACAGAAGCUUAUGUGGCAGAGACAGGACGUGAGAGGUCUUAGAGAUGGUUCGUUGUGGAACCAAACUUAUGAUAAGGUUGUUGAGAUGUUGGCUAGAACUGUUUGUACUAUUUAUGGUAGGAUUGAAACUGUUUUUGGUGGUUUGGGUUUGAGAGUGAAAAAGGAUGUGACUUUGAAGAGAGAUCGUAGCAAGAAUGAGGCGAGUAAGGCUGUUAACUCGAGGUCUGUUGCGGGGUUUAAGGAUUCGAGGAGAAGUGAAGCGGAGGAGUUUACGCGUGCAGGGGAUUUUAAUUUUCCUUGUGGGACUAAUCCUGGUAGGAUGUUUAUGGAAUGUCUUGCUAUGAAUAGGACUAUUGGUGAUGAUGAUGAUGAAGAUGAUGCUCGGAUUACGUUUCCUUUGAGUACAGCUCGGAUGAUUCGGACUAGUAAGUUUGGAUUUAAGAGCAGGUUAACUCAACAUGCUUCAGCUUCAACGAUUGGAGGUUCUGCUUUAUCGUUGCACUAUGCGAAUGUUAUGAUUGUGGUAGAGAAGCUUCUCAAGUACCCUCAUCUAAUAGGCGAAGAAGCAAGAGACGAUCUUUACCAAAUGUUACCAACGAGUUUGAAAACAACGCUCAAAGCCAGUCUCAGAUCAUACUUGAAGAACAUUUCGAUCUACGACGCUCCUCUAGCUCACGAUUGGAAAGAAACAAUAGACGGUAUACUGUCCUGGCUUGCACCUUUAGCUCACAACAUGAUCCGGUGGCAGAGCGAACGCAACUUCGAGCAGAAUAAUCAGAUCGUGAAGCGAACAAACGUUCUUUUACUUCAGACACUUUACUUUGCUGAUAGAGAGAAGACAGAAGCUGCGAUUUGUAAACUUCUUGUCGGGUUAAACUACAUUUGCCAUUACGAACAGCAACAAAACGCGUUGCUGGAUUGCGCGAGUAGCUUUGAUUAUGAAGAUUGUUUCGAGUGGCAGAGCCAAUGCCGUUCAGCUUACUUGGACUAACAAUUGGGGUUUUUUUCUUUCUUUCUUCUUCUUCUUAGUGUUGUUUUAUAGAUACAUUUGUUUAUGAUUCAACACAAUGUGAAUAUCUAAAUCUCUAGUUUCGUUUGCAUACAUAAAAAUGAUUGUGAAAA